CCCCGGGCGGGCGCUUCACCGCUCACUGGCGGGUCCCGCUGCUGACCGCCGGCGCCCCUGCCCUGGGCUUCAGGGUAGAGGACGAGUAUGCGCUGACCACUCGCGCCGGGCCCACUCACGCCAAGCUGGGCGACUUCGUGGCCGCGCUGCACCGACGGCUCGGCUGGGAGCGCCAGGCCCUGGUGCUCUACGCCUACCAGCCCGACGACGACCGGCACUGCUAUUUCCUAGUGGAAGGGCUGUACAUGCGGGUGCGCCACCGCCUCAACAUCACCGUGGACCACCUGGAGUUUGCCGAGGGCGACCACGACCACUACACCAAGCUGCUGCAGACAGUGCGGCUCAAAGGCCGAGUUGUCUACAUCUGCAGCUCCCCCGAGGCCUUCAGAACCCUCAUGCUCCUGGCCCUGGAAGCCGGCCUGAGUGGGGAGGACUACGUUUUCUUCCAUCUGGAUAUCUUUGGGCAAAGCCUGCCAAGUGGGCAGGGUCCUGCUGCACACAGACCCUGGGAGAAAGGGGAUGGGCAGGACGCUAGUGCCCGCCAGGCCUUCCAGGCUGCCAAAAUCAUCACAUAUAAAGAACCGGAUAAUCCUGAGUAUUUGGAGUUCCUGAAGCAGCUGAAGUACCUGGCCCAUGAGCAGUUCAACUUCACCAUGGAGGAUGGCCUGGUGAACACCAUCCCAGCAUCCUUCCAUGAUGGGCUCCUGCUCUAUAUCCAGGCAGUGGCAGAGACUCUGGCACAUGGGGGAACUGUCACUGAUGGGGAGGACAUCACUCAGAGGAUGUGGAACCGAAGCUUCCAAGGAGUGACAGGACACCUGAAAAUUGACAGCAGUGGUGAUCGGGAGACUGACUUCUCCCUCUGGGAUAUGGAUCCUGAGACUGGUACCUAUAGGGUUGUACUAAACUACAACGGGACUUCCCAAGAGCUGGUGACCGUGUCAGGGCGCAUGCUGAACUGGCCUCUGGGGUACCCUCCUCCCGACAUCCCCAAAUGUGGCUUUAACAACGAAGACCCAGCCUGCAACCAAGCAGAUCACUUUUCCACCCUGGAGGUGCUGGCUUUGGCGGGCAGCCUGUCCCUGCUCAGCUUUCUGAUCGUCUCCUUCUUCAUAUACAGGAAGAUGCAGCUGGAGAAAGAGCUGGCCUCGGAGCUGUGGCGGGUGCGCUGGGAGGACUUACAGCCCAGUAGCCUUGAGAGGCACCUCCGGAGUGCGGGCAGCCGGCUGACGCUGAGCGGGAGAGGCUCCAACUAUGGCUCCCUGCUGACCACAGAGGGCCAGUUUCAAGUCUUUGCCAAAACAGCAUAUUAUAAGGGCAACCUCGUGGCUGUGAAACGUGUGAACCGGAAACGCAUUGAGCUGACACGAAAAGUCCUGUUUGAAUUGAAGCAUAUGCGGGAUGUGCAGAACGAACACCUGACUAGGUUUGUGGGUGCCUGCACCGACUCCCCCAACAUCUGUAUCCUCACCGAGUACUGUCCCCGUGGGAGCCUGCAGGACAUUCUCGAGAAUGAGAGCAUCACCCUAGACUGGAUGUUCCGGUACUCACUCACCAAUGACAUCGUCAAGGGCAUGCUGUUUCUACACAAUGGAGCCAUUUGCUCCCAUGGGAACCUUAAGUCCUCCAACUGCGUGGUAGAUGGGCGCUUUGUGCUCAAGAUCACCGACUAUGGCCUGGAGAGCUUCAGGGACCCGGAGCCAGAGCAAGGACACAUUCUCUAUGCCAAAAAGUUGUGGACAGCCCCUGAACUCUUGCGAAUGGCUUCGCCCCCUGCCCGGGGCUCCCAGGCUGGCGAUGUGUAUAGCUUUGGGAUCAUCCUUCAGGAGAUUGCAUUGAGGAGUGGGGUCUUCCAUGUGGAAGGUUUGGACCUCAGCCCCAAAGAGAUCAUUGAGCGUGUGACUCGGGGUGAGCAGCCCCCCUUCCGGCCCUCCCUGGCCCUGCAGAGCCACCUGGAGGAGCUGGGGCAGCUGAUGCAGCGCUGCUGGGCCGAGGACCCACAGGAGCGGCCACCCUUCCAGCAGAUCCGCCUGAUGCUGCGCAAGUUUAACAGGGAGAACAGCAGCAACAUCCUGGACAACCUGCUGUCCCGCAUGGAGCAGUACGCCAACAACCUGGAGGAGCUGGUGGAGGAGCGCACGCAGGCCUACCUGGAGGAGAAGCGCAAGGCUGAGGCCCUGCUCUACCAGAUUCUGCCUCAUUCAGUGGCCGAGCAGCUGAAGCGCGGGGAGACGGUCCAGGCUGAAGCCUUCGACAGCGUUACCAUCUACUUCAGUGACAUCGUGGGCUUCACGGCUCUGUCUGCGGAGAGCACGCCCAUGCAGGUGGUGACCUUGCUCAACGACCUGUACACUUGCUUCGAUGCUGUCAUAGAUAACUUUGAUGUGUACAAGGUGGAGACCAUCGGCGAUGCCUACAUGGUGGUGUCGGGACUUCCUGUGCGGAACGGGCGGCUCCACGCCCGCGAGGUGGCCCGCAUGGCCUUGGCUUUGCUGGACGCUGUGCACUCCUUCCGCAUCCGCCACCGGCCCCAGGAGCAGCUGCGCCUGCGCAUCGGCAUUCACACAGGACCUGUCUGUGCUGGUGUGGUAGGGCUGAAGAUGCCCCGCUACUGUCUCUUCGGGGACACGGUCAACACAGCCUCGAGAAUGGAGUCUAAUGGAGAAGCCCUGAAGAUCCACUUGUCUUCAGAGACCAAGGCUGCCUUGGAGGAGUUUGGUGGUUUUGAGCUGGAGCUUCGAGGGGAUAUAGAAAUGAAGGGCAAAGGCAAAGUUCGGACCUACUGGCUCCUGGGGGAGCGGGGGAGUAGCACCCGAGGCUGACCUGCCUCCCCUCCUGUCCUUCCAUACCUCCUUUCCCUGUGCCAGAGGUGACAGAGGGGCCAGGCCUCGGCCUUACCCAUAGCAGUCCCACCACUGCCAAAGGAUGGGAGAAGUGGUUUAAAGAGCUCAGGAGAGACAUCGGAUGCGACCUCUGAGAGUGGCCUGCUGUGGAGAGAACUCAGAGCUCACAGGACUGGACCAUGGCACAUAGCCAUGGCACAUGCACCUGUGCUCCACCCUGACCACGCCAGACUGAGUGUGGGUCCCCAACCCUCCGCUCCCUCCCCUGCCCUCCUCCCUCAACUCUGCUGCACUGGGACUUUUAUUGGGAAAGGAAAGAACCACCUGAGGGGAAUAUGAAAAGAGACUCCAAGUGAUCAGAAGGGUGGGAGAGCCCACAUCGGGGAUACACACACCACCCCUCGACCCUGUGCCCCCCACCCUGCAUGGGGGAAGAGAGAGGCGUGCAGAGGGGCAAUGGGCCUGUGUGUCUUGCUUCUACUGUGAGUAGAGACCAUUAAACCCUUUAUUCCAA